UUUAGAUGUAAGUGAUGUUCCAAUAUGGAUGCUGGCCAAAUAAUAUUUUAUGUUGUUUUGUUCUAUUUGCCCAGAACACAAUGUGUUAAAUUGGGAGUUUGCAGCAAAGAAAAAAGUGUUUUAGUCAGUGGACAAACCGUUAUAAGAACAUUAUACUUUUGUUGUCGUCAUUAUGAAGAAAGCAGUGGAAUAUGCGAAGAAUGUGAUACUGGAUAUGAAUCUAAUGGAACAAGAUGCGAACCUUGCAAGCCGGGUCAGUUUGGUAUAAAAUGUGCAGACACAUGUCAAUGCAAAACACACGAAAGUUGUGAUCAUAUCCGGGGAUGUAUACAGUCCACAAAUCAGCUGAUAACAGGGGAGCAUAUAACUCCUAUUACAGAGAAGACAGCAAAGAACUCUGAAAAUGAAGGUUUUCUAAACAAGGAGAGUGGUGUAUAUUUUGGUAGUUUCGGAUUACUGGCGUUCGUAAUAUGUAUUUUAAUGGCUUAUAUCUGUUAUAAAAAGGGUAAACGAAAGGCAGGUUCAAAUUUGCCUAAACAAAAUCCAAACGAAUUGGCAAUGGAUACAAAAUGUCUUGUUGGUGGGACCAAAGGUGUAAUGAUUACAAAUGAAAAUGAUUAUGACGAAAUUGACGAGAGGUACUUGUCCGAUAUUAAAUUGGCAGUAAAUCAAGAAAAAGAUAUCAAGAAAAGAGAAAAAGUUCAACAAGGUGGAAGCAAGCAUUCGAAGAAAGAAAAGAGCAAAAGUUCUAUCAAUCCUUACCAACUAGUUGUUUCUUCUGCAGUAGAUGUUCAUGAGUACUCGUCACCAGAGAAGGGAGACAACUCGGAAGAUAAUAACAGGGAUUCUGGCUACCUUCAUCCAUAUCAACCACUAUCACUUGACACGAAAAAUCUUAAACAUGACUAUACUGAAUGUGAAGGUUUAGAUAUUGUCGAAUCUAAAGCCACACUAGACAAUAAAGGUCUUAAAGAUGAGUAUACUGAAUGUGAAGAUUUACAUUGUGUUGAAGCUUCAACCAGUAAAACGAAAGAAGACGAUGUAGAUAACGAAUUCAAAGCGAAAAACGCGGAAGACACUAAAUCACUUUCGCUUCAAACGUGAAAAAGUAACCGUCUUGUUUUAUGAGCAAACAUGUAAACUAGAAUGACGAUAUUUUCGUAGAAUCACUGUACCUGAAACAACGUUUACUUAUAUUAAGAGAUUUCUUAAAAAAAAAAGACACAUUACUUUGCAAUCGCUCCUACCUCGGAACUGUGAAACUUAUAUCUCAAAAUUUAGAAAAAGAUUAUUGCAAAA